AUGUAUCCCCAGGAUGUUGCAUAUCCAGCCUCGGGUCGCACUGCAGCCUGGCUUAAUGCCCGCCCUUGGGUGAGCCAGCACUAUCACAUCCGAUGUCCACCACGCGUUUUCUUCAAACGCAGCUCUGAUCGCCUUAUUGCUUUCUAUACGCGCGUUUUCGCUCACGAGAUUCCAAACCCUCUUUCAGAUUUUUCAAGACUCGCUAGGUAUCUCACAGGCCAGGCCGUCGGUUUAGUGCUUGGUGGUGGAGGGGCCCGAGGGUGCGCACAUGGUGGCGUGAUUCGCGCUUUCCAAGUAUGUCAUAGUCUAUAUUUUCCACUUUUAUUCAGCGCCUUUUCUUUGUUGCUCAUAUAG